UUUCUUCUCAGUUUCUUCAACGCGCGCUCAAACAAAAAAUAAAAAAAAUCAUUGUCCUGUUCUGUUCCGUUUCCACUCAUCUUCUCUUUCUUCACGAUGUCAAUCAAUAGCUUAUAUAUCCCCACCACCAUUUCAUUCCUCUUCGCCUAUCUUAUCAGAUCUCCAGUCACUCACUCUCCUUCUCUCCCUCUCAAUCGCCACCAUGGUUCUCUCCAGAGCGGCAUCGGAUUCCGACGACUCCGUCCACUCAACGUUCGCUUCCCGAUAUGUCCGUACCUCACUUCCUAGGUUCAAGAUGCCGGAAAACUCGAUCCCGAAGGAAGCAGCGUAUCAGAUCAUCAACGAUGAGCUAAUGUUGGAUGGGAAUCCAAGGCUUAACCUGGCCUCCUUUGUAACUACAUGGAUGGAACCUGAAUGUGAUAAGCUUAUUAUGGCUGGUAUCAACAAGAACUACGUUGACAUGGAUGAGUACCCGGUCACCACUGAGUUGCAGAACCGAUGUGUUAACAUGAUAGCACAUCUGUUUAACGCCCCACUUGGAGAUUCAGAGACUGCGGUUGGAGUGGGAACUGUUGGGUCUUCAGAGGCAAUAAUGUUAGCUGGAUUAGCAUUCAAGAGGAAAUGGCAGAACAAGAGAAAAGCUGAAGGAAAGCCCUUCGAUAAGCCUAACAUUGUCACUGGUGCUAAUGUUCAGGUUUGUUGGGAGAAAUUUGCUAGGUAUUUUGAAGUAGAGUUGAAGGAAGUGAAGCUUAGAGAUGGGUAUUAUGUGAUGGAUCCAAAGAAAGCAGUGGAUUUAGUUGAUGAGAACACAAUUUGUGUUGCUGCUAUCCUUGGCUCCACUCUUAAUGGGGAAUUUGAAGAUGUAAAGCUCUUGAAUGAUCUCUUGACAGAGAAGAACAAGCAAACUGGAUGGGAUACCCCAAUUCAUGUGGAUGCAGCAAGUGGUGGAUUUAUUGCACCAUUUUUGUAUCCAGAACUUGAGUGGGAUUUUAGACUACCAUUAGUUAAGAGUAUCAAUGUUAGUGGUCACAAGUAUGGACUUGUGUAUGCUGGUGUUGGUUGGGUAAUUUGGAGGAGCAAAGAGGACUUGCCUGAAGAACUUAUCUUUCAUAUCAAUUACCUUGGAGCUGAUCAACCUACCUUUACCCUCAAUUUCUCCAAAGGUUCUAGUCAAAUUAUUGCUCAAUACUAUCAACUCAUUCGCUUGGGUUUUGAGGGAUACAAAAACAUAAUGGAAAAUUGCAGAGACAACAUGGUGGUUCUCAAGGAAGGACUAGAGAAGAUUGGUCGUUUCGAGGUUGUUUCAAAGGACAUGGGAGUGCCACUGGUAGCGUUUUCCUUAAAAGAUAAUAGCAACCAUAACGAGUUUGAAAUUUCUGAAAUGCUAAGGAGGUUUGGUUGGAUUGUGCCUGCAUAUACAAUGCCAGCUGAUGCUGAACAUGUAACUGUGUUGCGUGUUGUCAUAAGAGAGGACUUCUCGCGAACACUCGCUGAGCGUCUUGUACAGGACAUAGAAAGAGUUCUGCAUGAACUUGAUACCUUGCCAUCCAGGAUAAAUGCAAAGAACGGUGACACUGUUCCUGCAGUCCCGACGAAGAAGAGUGAGUUGGAGACACAAAGGGAGAUUACUACAAUUUGGAGGAAGUUCGUUAUGGACAGGAAAAAGAUGAGUGGUGUUUGUUAAAAGGGUCUUUACUCUCUCUGCUUAUGAGGUUUGGAGAUUAAAGCAAAUAUAUCAUUUAUAAUUUUCAGCUUGUGUUGGUAUUAUUUUGUUGUAUUAUCUUUCCUAGAAAUGGACACUAAGCUCUUAUUUGUAAUUCCUACUCAAUUUCCUUCCUCUAGGAAGGAAUUUAGUUGUCUUCGGCGUAUUUUAUGAAUCUAUAUAUAAUAGGAAUGACUCUCUCUUUUGUUAUUACUUAUAAACUCUUCCUAUUUUAUAUAUUCGGAAGUUGAAUGUGAGGCUCUUAA